AAAACCAAACAGAAAUAUUUUUAAGCAGCAAAAGAAAAUACAGAAGAACAAGAUGUUGUGACAAGGUAUUUACUGUCUGUGACAACCAUGUAUGUGAGCUCCCUCUUGGAUAAAGAGACCAGCAUGUAUCCAGGAUCUGCAAGGGGUAACAACAACCUGCCAGUACAAAACUUUGUGUCUACUCCACCCUAUUCAGACUACAUGGGAUACCAUCAUGUGCCAACUCUGGACACCCAUGGGCAGCCUGCGGGAACCUGGGGAUCUCACUACGGCCCACAGAGGGAGGACUGGAACGCUUAUGGCCCAGGACCUUCCAGCACGGUUGCUGCUGCACAGAUCAAUGGCUCGUCUCCUGGACAGGUCUCCUACAGUUGUGCUGAUUACAACUCCCUCCAUCCUGCUGGAUCUGGAGGGUUACCUCCUGUAGAAACAAUUAAUGCACAGCACAUCUCUCCCAACAGCCAAAGGCACAGCUCUUAUGAAUGGAUGAGGAAAACGGUACAAGCAAACACUACUGGUAAAACAAGAACAAAAGAAAAGUACCGAGUUGUUUACACAGAUCAUCAGAGACUGGAAUUAGAGAAGGAAUUUCACUGCAACAGAUAUAUCACAAUAAGAAGAAAGUCAGAACUUGCAGCAAACCUGGGACUCUCUGAAAGACAGGUGAAAAUCUGGUUCCAGAAUCGCCGAGCAAAAGAAAGAAAAAUGAUCAAGAAGAAAAUAGCUCAGUUUGAUGGCAGCGGGGGCUCAGCUCAGAGUGACUCUGGUUCACUCAGUCCAAAUGAAAUAUCCAGUUCUCUGUUCCCACCACCACAUGGAAUGAGUGGAUUACAGCCUAAUGACAUUCUUCAAGUCAUAGUUUCUGAAUGAACAGAGGGGUAAAAAAAAAAGGGAAA